GGUUGCCUGGUUGGCGUGCGAGAGUCUGGAGCAUGGUCGUCGUGACUCGUGAGGAUUUCGUAGAAAUUCUAGUGUCCGGAUCUGUUCUCAAUUUCACGAACACACGGCUGGACAUCGUUGGGAUUCCACCGGGAGGAAUGAGCUUUGCUUUCGGGUUGUUUCCUGGUGCUGUGGGAAUCGUCCGCUCACAUUUUAGUUUAGCAUAGUUGAGAGAGUUUGCUUUGAUCUGCUAGUGGCGUGAUUUCAGCUCAACUACUGUGGUUACUUGGCAGAGUCAUGUUUGCUUUUGGUUCCAUGCAUUUUCUCCUGUUCAAUGGUGUGAUAAUUGAGUGAUUAUCAUGCAUCGAUGCUUGUGUGUGAUGUCGCUUUGGUGCGAGAUACAUUUAAGCAUUUGGCAUGCCUUUCUGCGCUAGGGUAGUGUGGGCAGGCAGCAGAACUCGUGAUACUUCUGAAUUCCUUGCAGUAAAUGAAGGUGUUAGUUUGCUCAAUUGAGAUCUUGUCUAAUCGAGUUGGAUCUGACAAAUGGGUGCCCCAUUCCAGAUUAGUUUGUGCAGAAGUCUUCAAUUGUUUAAAAUUGAACUAUUUUGUGUGGCUGUCCUGAAUAACAAAAACAGUGGAUAUGGCAGAUAUGAGAAGCUGUUACGAUAACUUGCUUUCUGUUGCUGCAGCAAUUGCAAAUAGUGCAUAUGAGUUCUCUGAAGCACUUCAAGAAAUGGGAACUUGUUUGCUUAAAAGAGUUACGCCAAAUAAGGAUGGAAUAAAUGAUAAAGUUUUGCUGUUGCUUGGGAAAUCACAAUUUGAACUUCGGAAACUUUUAGAUAGUUAUCGUGUGCAUGUUCUUAACACCAUCACCACUCCAUCGCUGUCGCUUCUUAAUGAACUUCAAACUGUGGAGUAUUUCCCAUUGCAGGAAAUGAAGCACCAAUGCGAUGAAAAAAAAGAAUUGUAUGAAUUCAUGGUAAACACGCAGAAAGAAAAGGGAAGGUCUAAGAAUGCUAAAGGUGAUAAUGGAGCAUCAGAGCAAUUGAAACAAGCUCAGGAAGAUUAUCAAGAGGAAGCAACUCUUUUUCUAUUCCGGUUGAAGUCAUUGAAGCAAGGACAGUUCCGAAGUCUUUUUACACAAGCUGCUCGGCAUCAUGCUGCACAGCUAAAUUUGUUCCGAAAGGGAGUCAAGUCCCUUGAGGCUGUAGAGCCACAUGUUAGGCUCGCUGCUGAGCAGCAACACAUUGAUCAUCAGUUCAGCGCACUUGAGGAAGAGGAUUACCUUGUUGAGGAUGAAAAUGAUGACGAUUACAAUGGCAGUCAUGAUGGAGAGUUAUCUUUUGAUUAUGGAGAAAAUAAGGAAGUUGAGGAAUCUGGUAAUGCUUCUAGGAAUCAUACAGAGGGUUUUUUUAACAGAAGCAAAGAAGAGUAUUCUUCUGUUCCACAUGAAAGACAAAGAAUCGUAAGUCAGUCAGCACCACUUUUUCCUGAGAAAAAGCUCAAUACAGAAGAGAGAAUAAAAGAUUUGCGGCGUUCUGCAACAAGGAAGUUGAAUACUUAUGUUUUGCCUACUCCAAAUGACGUUGGAGCUACUUCUCAGAGAGCAUCAGGAAAUCCUACUUCUGAACCUCUCGAGAGUAAAGGUGCCUUCCAUUCAUCUCCACUCCACUCAUCUGCAGACAUAAGAGAUUUGGGAGACAGUAAUCUACCUAGUCCUACAAGAUUGUCUAACGUACAGUCUGUGCUGAAAGAUAGCAAUACCAAUAAAACAGAAACAAGGAAAGUACUCCCAGUGGGUGAUCUGGCUUUACCUAGCUAUCAUGACCUGAAGACUUCUGAUAACAAAAAAGUGAAAAGAGGGUCAUUUUCUGGCCCAAUAGCUUCCAGACCACGGUCAACAGAGAACAUUGAUGUUAUUUCUGCAGCGCCUAGGCAUAGCUCAGCACAUCAGCCAGUGCACAUGAGAGUAUCCCCCGGCAACUCGCCGCCACCCAUUUCCUCACCGAAGAUCAAGGAACUUCAUGAGCUUCCUCGACCACCUGUUAAUACAUCAAAAAAUAUAGCAUUCCCCAGUUUAGUUGCCCACUCCGCCCCAUUGGCACCAAAUCCUGCAUCUUUGACUCCCAAAGUUCAAGAUCAUUUUAGGACAAAACAAACGCUCCAAAGAACUGCUUCACCUUUACCAACUCCACCACCUGGAUCUAUAGCCCGCAGUUUUUCUAUACCUUCUAGGGGUAUUUCAGACAGUAAAGAGACAGAAGAUCAACACAAGGGAGCUGCCAGAAUGAGUCUUUCUUCUCUUCCUUCAGCACAAACAUUCUUGGAAGAUCGUCAGCCAUUGUCAUCAGCUGCUGGAUCGGUCAGCAAAACAUAGGAGUAUUCUCUAUUAUCAUUAUCAAGCAGCUCGCCGAGCCCUCUUCCUGAAAGAAUGUUGUACAUAUUAGCAUUUGAACUCUGGCCAGUAUCGCGGAAGAAGUUGGGUGCUGUUUGGUUCACGAAAUGUAACGUAAAGGGUAAUGGUAACGGUUUACACUCGAUUACGGACGGUAACAAGUUUGAAUAGUCCGGUAUCAAAUUUUAGUAUGGUAUCUGAUUACGGUUGGACUAAAACAAACAUGAUUUAACGUUAUCACUUACCCAUUACGUUACAAAUAUUUGAACCAAACGGUACCUUGGUGUUUCGCGUGCCCUUUGGUUGGUUAAGAUGUAGCCUGUGCAAAUAAUGGGUUCUGCGGAAAUAAAAUCCCCAUUUUUCUCACCCA